GGCAGGCGGGGCACCAUGCCCCGGAGCCCUAGAUCCUACUCAGCGGCGGAAGUUCCGGUGUCGGUAGGCGGAGGUCAGAGGUCAGCAGGAAGUCGAUACGUGGCCGCCGCCUGUCCCCGCCGAGGAGGCGCAGCAGGCGGAGAUGGCGGCGGUGCUGAACGCAGAGCGACUCGAGGUGUCCGUCGACGGGCUCACACUAAGCCCGGACCCGGAGGAGCGGCCCGGCGCAGAGGGCGCCCCCCUGCUGCCGCCGCCGCUGCCGCCGCCCUCGCCUCCCGGGUCCGGCCGGGGCCCGGGCGCCGCAGGGGAGCAGCCGGAGCCCGGGGAGGCGGCGGCUGGGGGCGCGGCGGAGGAGGCGCGGCGGCUGGAGCAGCGCUGGGGCUUCGGCCUGGAGGAGCUGUAUGGCCUGGCGCUGCGCUUCUUCAAAGAAAAAGAUGGCAAAGCAUUUCAUCCAACUUAUGAAGAAAAACUGAAGCUUGUGGCACUGCAUAAGCAGGUUCUUAUGGGUCCAUAUAAUCCAGACACUUGUCCUGAGGUUGGAUUCUUUGAUGUGUUGGGCAAUGACAGGAGGAGAGAAUGGGCAGCCCUGGGAAACAUGUCUAAAGAGGAUGCCAUGGUAGAGUUUGUCAAGCUCCUAAAUAGGUGUUGCCAUCUCUUUUCAACGUAUGUUGCAUCCCACAAGAUAGAGAAGGAAGAGCAAGAAAAAAAAAGGAAGGAGGAGGAAGAGCGAAGGCGGCGUGAAGAGGAAGAAAGAGAACGUCUGCAAAAGGAGGAAGAGAAACGUAGGCAAGAAGAGGAAGAAAGGCUUAGACGGGAGGAAGAAGAGAGGAGGCGAAUAGAAGAAGAGAGGCUUCGGCUGGAGCAGCAGAAGCAGCAGAUAAUGGCAGCUUUAAACUCGCAGACUGCCGUGCAGUUCCAGCAGUAUGCCGCCCAGCAGUACCCAGGGAACUACGAACAGCAGCAGCUUCUCAUCCGCCAGUUGCAGGAGCAGCACUACCAGCAGUAUAUGCAGCAGCUGUACCAAGUCCAGCUCGCACAGCAGCAGGCAGCAUUACAGAAACAACAGGAAGUAGCAGUAGCUGGGGCUUCUUUACCUACAUCAUCAAAAGUGAAUACAACUACGCCAAGUGAUAUGAUGUCAGUGAAUGGACAGGCCAAAACCCACACUGACAACUCUGAAAAAGAGCUUGAACCAGAAGCCGCAGAAGAAGCCCUGGAGAAUGGACCAAAAGAAUCUCUUCCAGUAAUAGCAGCUCCAUCCAUGUGGACACGACCCCAGAUCAAAGACUUUAAAGAGAAGAUUCGGCAGGAUGCGGAUUCCGUGAUUACAGUGGGCCGAGGAGAAGUAGUCACCGUUCGAGUACCCACCCAUGAAGAAGGAUCAUAUCUCUUUUGGGAAUUUGCUACAGACAAUUAUGACAUUGGGUUUGGGGUGUAUUUUGAAUGGACAGACUCUCCAAACACUGCUGUCAGCGUGCAUGUCAGUGAGUCCAGCGAUGACGACGAGGAGGAAGAAGAAAACAUCAGUUCUGAAGAGAAAGCCAAAAAGAAUGCCAACAAGCCUCUACUGGACGAGAUUGUGCCUGUGUACCGGCGGGACUGUCAUGAAGAGGUGUAUGCCGGCAGCCACCAGUAUCCAGGGAGAGGAGUCUACCUCCUCAAGUUUGACAACUCCUACUCUUUGUGGAGGUCAAAAUCGGUCUACUACAGAGUCUAUUACACGAGAUAAAGAUGUUACAGAGGCUGGAGUCUAGGGUUGGGCAGAAGAUGGCAUUUAAUUUGGAAAUAUCUUUUGACUUUGGUGGAGCAUUGCAGUCUGUGUUUACCCUAUUGAUUGCGGUGUGAUGGUUUGUGACUCUUCUUGGGAAUCAGGAUUUCCUUGAAACUCUUGAGCAUUAGUACUUUGGGGUUAAAGGGACUCCUCAGACUCAUCCAGCCCUUUGGUGCUGACCAGCAGAGUCACAAGUGGAUGCUGAUGUUACAUGAGCUACAUGUUAAAUUUUUAAAGUCUCCGAAAUAAAACAGCUCCACAUUGACCCCACCUGGCUGAUGGUUAGUGCAUUGCUGCCUGCUCUGUCUGUGUUUUAUGAGAGCACAUAGUUCCUUUACAGUGCCCUCUGAGUUGAAAUCCUGUGUUAAUAGUCUACAUGAGGUACAUCUGACCUUGAUCGAAGGUCACCAUUUUUAAAACUUAAAAACUUAAGACCUCACGGAUUAUAAUAGAAAAAGAAAUUGCCUCAACUUGAUCUUGUUCUGAAUGACCCAGAUUGUUUUUGCUUUGGGUGCAGCUGUUUA